AUGCCGACGCCGGUGCCCGCCGCGCGGCAGUGUCUUGCCCCGGCCGCCGUCGUCACCUCCGCGCGCCGUCGGGCGCACGCGCAGACCACCUCGCUCCACCUCAUCGCCUCGCUACUCGCGCCCACCGCCGCGCCGCUGCUCCACGACGCGCUUGUCCGCGCUCGCAGCGCCGCCUACUCGCCGCCCAAUCGACGCCCACCAAGCCCACAACCAUUUGAGGGAGACAGAUGCGAUAGAGGGGGAGGGAGGGAGAGAAGAAGAAGACUCACCUGCGGGUGGAUGAGGGGCGGCGACGAGGGUGAACGCGGCAAAGACAGCGACAGACGAGGGCGGAGUACGAACAACUACGGCAAGGAGGGAGAAGUCGAGAGCAGUGCGUCGAGGCGUGCGGAGCAGGGAGAACCGGACAGCUGCCACAGCCGGCUGCACGCGGCCGCCGCCACCGCGGACAAAGCCGCCGCCGCUGCCGCCACCGUCGGCAAGGCCACGCCCACCAUCAACAUCAACGAGAACAGCCGGUCCCAAACUGAAAUGAGGCAGCGGGAUAAUAUUUUUAGAUACGGAAGCGCUGACGGCCGCACGUCCGAUGGAUAUGUAUACUGUUCUGGACGCACUCCGCAGCGUGCCAUCCUCCUUGCCAGUUCCGCAGCACCGUACGUUAUCAGCACGCCCUCCCCGUGA